GCUGCGCCCUUCCCACCGCAGAAGCUGACUCAAAACUGGCCCUGGUCGCGUCUUCCCGGGAGGCAGUGCCGGGGCGGGGAGAUCGGGGCCGGAGUCCAGCCACCACUUGAUCCCAGACUACAUCGUGUCGCCGGUUCCGCAGGCACCAUGAGCCAGGACACUGAGGUGGACAUGAAGGAGGUGGAGCUGAACGAAAUGGAGCCCGAGAAGCAGCCUAUGAACGCGGCGUCCGGGGCCGCCAUGGCCGUAGUCGUGGCCAGCGGCGCGGAGAAGAACGGCCUGGUUAAGAUCAAGGUGGCCGACGACGAGGCGGAGGCAGCGGCCCCGGCCAAGUUCACUGGCCUGUCCAAGGAGGAGCUGCUGAAGGUGGCGGGCAGCCCCGGCUGGGUGCGCACCCGCUGGGCGCUGCUGGUGCUCUUCUGGCUCGGCUGGCUGGGCAUGCUGGCGGGCGCGGUGGUCAUCAUUGUGCGGGCGCCGCGCUGCCGCGAGCUGCCCGCGCAGAGCUGGUGGCACAAGGGCGCCCUCUACCGCAUCGGUGACCUGCAGGCCUUCCAGGGCCACGAGGGGGGCGACCUCGCGGGCCUGAAGGGGCACCUCGAUUACCUGAGCACCCUGAAGGUGAAGGGCUUUGUGCUGGGCCCAAUUCACAUGAACGAGAAGGAUGACCUCGCUGGGACCAAUUUGGAACAGAUCAAUCCCUCUCUCGGCUCCAAGGAAGACUUUGACAAUCUCUUGCAAUCGGCUAAGAAAAAGAGCAUCCGGGUCAUCCUGGACCUCACUCCCAACUAUAAGGGCCAGAGCUCAUGGUUUCAGCCCGAGCAGAUUGACGCCGUGGCCACCAAGAUGAAGGACGCUCUGAGUUUUUGGCUGCAGGCCGGUGUGGAUGGGUUCCAGGUUCGGAACGUGGAGAAUCUGACAGACGCACCUUUGUUGUUGGCUGAGUGGCAGAACAUCACCAAGAGCUUCAGUGAAGACAGGCUCUUAAUCGCAGGGACUGAGUCCUCUGAGCUUCAGCAGAUCCUGCGCCUCCUUGGAUCCACUGAGGACCUGUUGUUGACUAGCUCGUACCUGUCAGGCUCCAUUUCCACCGGGAAGCAUGCAGAAUUCCUGGUCACCCAGUAUUUGAAUGCCACUGACAGUCGCUGGUGCAGCUGGAGCGUGUCUCAGGCGGGGCUCCUGACUUCCUUCGUGCCGGCCCAUCUUCUCCGCCUCUACCAGCUGCUGCUCUUCACCCUGCCGGGGACCCCGGUUUUCAGCUACGGAGAUGAGAUCGGCUUGGAGGCAGCUACCCUGCCCGGCCAGGCUCCAGUCAUGCCCUGGGAUGAAUCCGGCUUCCCCAACACCUCAGGACCCGGAGGUACCAACGUGACUGUAAAGGGCCAAAAUGAAGACCCUGACUCCCUCCUCUCUCUGUUCCGGCAACUGAGCGAUCAGCGAGGCAAGGAGCGCUCCCUGCUACACGGGGAUUUCCGCGUCCUCUCCUCGGGGUCCGACCUCUUCGCCUACGUCCGCCAGUGGGACCAGAACGAGCGCUUCCUGGUCGUGCUCAACUUUGGGGGUGUUGCCCAACCAGCCAGGCUGCCGGCCACUGCCAGCCUGCCGGCCAGUGUCAGUCUGCUACUCAGCACCCACCUAGGCCAUGAGGAGGGUGCCUCUCUCGAGCUGGAGCACCUAAACGUGGAGCCCCACGAGGGGCUCUUGCUCCGUUUCCCCUAUGAGGGCUGACAGGACCCAUUACCCCUCCCCUCCCCAGUCCCUUAAGGUCCCAGUUUCUGUUUGUUUGUUUUUUUUACUGUCACAGAUUACAGUUGAAAGGUGUUUUCUGGCUUCAAAUAAAAGUCACUUCUGCCUGGUGA